AUGGAUAAAGAGCAGAAAAAGCACCCGGAGCUGAGAAAUUCUGUCAAGUGUGAAAACAGAAACCCGGCCCGGGCACUGCCCACCCCGCCCCGGGCACUGCCCACCCCGGCCCGCCACCGCCAGCCCUCCGCCGAGCGCCUCAGCCGCUCCCGGGACCUGCUGGAGGCCGCCAACGCCUCCCUGCAUCGGCUGAAGGAACUCGGCACCCUGGGAUUUGAGUGCACCCUUGAAGAGGUGGAUCUGGAGGACAUCACGGAGAACCAAAUGAACACAAUCAAAGCCUGCACAGCUGAGGAUCCAGGGCCUGGAAACUGCCCAGCCCUGGAAAGAUCAACUUUUGAUAAGGGCAAAUGCCUGCAGGGCAUCUCUGAGGACCUCAGAGCCUACAGGGCACAGCUGAGGAACCUCAACGACCCCCAGCUCCUGGUGACUCUCGAUGGGAUGAUGGAGGCCCUGGGCAGCAGCACUGGGAAGGUUCCGGAGGCACUGGCAGGAUUGGGACCGGGAUUGGGAUCGGGAUUGGGAUCGGGAUUGGGAUCGGCCCCGUUCCCGGACAGGCUGAGGCUCUGCAGUGUCCUCCAGGCUUUCCGCAUCCGCAGCGUCACCAUCAGCAGGAUGCUGAGCUUCCUGAGCUCCCUCUGAAUCCCAGGAAUCCACCCAGAAGCCAAGGAGAUCCUGGAGGAAAAACAGUGGGAUCAACACCCACCGGCUUCCAAAGGAAUUCUGAAUUUCCCAGAGUUCGUUUUUAGGGAGUUGUGCCUUUUAAACCAUGAUAGAUUCCCAGAUUUUUGGAACUUAAGCUCCAUCCGAGCACCAAAAUGUUCCUAACUCUAAUUUAUCCACAUUUAUCCAGCUGAUUUCUCAGGAAUUGAGAGAAUUGAGACCUAUUCAUGAUAAUCCAUUUCCUCGGGGGUGCAUUCCAACUCAGGAUAUUCUACCCCAUGAUUUAUUUAUGAUGAUAUUCCAUUCUAUACCAUGAUUUAUGAUAUUCCAUUCUAUUCCAUGAUUUAUGAUGAUAUCCCAUGAUUUAUUUAUGAUUUUCUGUUCUAUUCCCUGAUUUAUUUAUGAUAUUCUUUGAUUUAUUUAUGAUAUUCCUUGAU